AAAAGUAAAUUCAGUCUUCAGUCGCGUUUGACUGAACUGAGAGUCGCUCUCAAGAAUAGUUACGAUCAAAACCAGAAACUCAGGCAACAGUUGAACGCCAGUCAGAUUGUUGUCACACAAGAGUCCACUUUUAAUGAAGAACUCGUGACCAAACUUUUGGACCAAAGCGUCGACACCACUAAUGAAGCGAAACCAUUAGUGAAUCUUCAGGCGUGUGUCGACUCAUUAAAACAAGAGAUGGAAUUAUUGCAAAAACAAAUACAAGACAACAAUUAAUCUAAUGUUUUGGACACAAAUGAUUGCAUUUACCAAUUCAUGGAUCAUUUCAAAUGAGUAUUAAGGCCUUAAUUCGUUGUCGAACUAACUUUCAGUGCC